AAAAUAUAAAAUUCAAAUUACUUUUAUUAAAAAAUCCCGUGUAUUUUGCACGGACUGUUCUAAUUACCCCACCCAUUUACACGUACUGUUCUAAUUCCCCACAUGCGGGGAAUUAGAACAGUCGAAACCAGUCAACCGCAGAUCUGCUCCUGAUCCUGAAGGAAAUGGAAUUUAGAAAAACGGAAACGACCAUUCGACAGGAACUCCUCUACAACUCUUGCCAAGGAGCUACCAAAAAAUUCCUUAAGCUAACUGAGAGGGAACGAAAAUACGGUGAUUUAAAAAAAUACUGUUCUAAUUACCCCACCCUACUCUAAAUGAUAAGAUAAAGGAAACUAUUGAAGAUUUACAGCAAAUUCAAAAUGAAAAGAUGUUAAGAGAUUUAAAAGAAAAAGUCUUGAUUAGUUUAAUCAAGUCUUAUCCAGUUUUGGAUAAAGAAUUAAAAGCUAUCAAAACAUAUAUAAAUGAAGCUGAUUCUAGUGAAGGAAAACAAAUAGAAAAUUAUCAAAUUAUGUUAAGUUUCUUGUAUAAAGAACGCGACAAAAAAUCCGAUUAUGUCAAAGAGAUUUAUAAAGGGUUUUAUAAGCAUUGUCAAAAACAUAUAUCUAUUUCGAAUUCACAAAAAGAAAUUCAUGAAUUUAACAGUUUAAUUCAAUUAAUGAAACUCAUUACUGAAGCACAUCUAGAUAGUUUAUAUCUGAAUGCUAAUAAUGUUGAUAACGCACGAUUUCAACUCAUUUUACUUCAUAUUCUAUUUGAAGAAAAUAACAUUUUAAAAAAUAUCAAUGAGCUGUUCAUCGAUUUUUUAUCUUGGUUAUUUCAAACACUACCAACCUACGGAUCGACAGAAAAAAUUGAAGAUAUAAAUAUAGAAAUGAAACAUAUUGAGCGAUUAAAGAAGUUAUCAUUAAAUGUAAAAGAGUUAUGUACAAAUGAAUCUAAUCAGAAUAUCCAUCACUAUAAAUAUUUGUAUAUAUCGAUUUCUACUAUAUACGAAGAAAUGAAACUGAUUUAUUUACAAAAAUUGAUUAAGAUUUUAUCGAAAAAAUAUUCCGAUGCCAAAUGGUUAGAAAUAAUCAUUUAUUUUCCUGAAUAUUUUCAAACAAAUGUUGAUGAUAUAUUUGAUCUUAUUCCGAAAGAAGAAAAAUGA